UACAGGAAAUCUUUACCGGCCAUGGCAGGAAGAGGAGGACAAAAGAGGGCAGCUUCCGCAAGAUCUUGAGAUGUGUGAAGAAGACUGCCACAAGACACCGCAUCGGGCACCAGCACCACCACCACCUUUAAUUCCUGCCUCCGGCCGUCCAGCCACCCUCCCCACGACGUCCACCCCGCAGGUUUGCCAGCAGCCCAGCCCCAUCGUCGAGCCGCGAGCUACCAGUCGAGCGCGCGCGGCAGCGGCAGCCCUGGGUUCGAUCCGGCCGAUCGAUCGCAUACGGCACCUACGGAUGCUCCACGCAUCCGUCUCCUGAGAUCUCGAUCGAUUGCUCCAUGGGGAGCGGCAAGGCGUCAUCCCCGGCCCCGCCAGGCGCCGCCGCCGCCGCCGCUGCCGGCGGGAGCGGCUCGCCGUCGCCGCCGGGCGGCGCCGUCUGCUGCAUGUGCGGCGACCGCGGCCUCCUGCCCGAGCUCUUCCGCUGCUCCGCCUGCUCCGUCCGCUCCCAGCACACAUACUGCACGGAUCGGUAUCCGAAGGUGGAGUCGUACGGCACCUGCAACUGGUGCCUCAGGGCGGAUGGGGCCGUGGCUUCUACUUCUAACUCGCCGAGAUCCGCCGGCAAAGCGGCUGCCCGGCCGCCGGCUCCUCAUCAUCACGGCGGUGACACGACGACCGGCGGCAGCGGAAGAUCGCCGAAGGUUGUUGCCGCUCGUGGCGACUUUGCGUCUUCCAACCUGAGCAAGCCUAUCAAGAAGCAGCCGCAGCAGCAGCAUGCGCAGCGGCUCUUGCUGCGGCGGUCGGCGUCGGACCUUGGCACCCGUGUCGUCCGCAACGACCACGACGCGCCACCGCCGCCGUCGCCCGGCGUCGCGCGUGGCAGGCCGAGGGUCCGGAGGUACAAGCUCCUAGAAGAGGUGAUCACUAGCUAGCUAUAGCCAUAUACCCCGUGUGGUAUAUCGAUGUCGAUCGUGGAUGACACGAUCGAGUGCGUGUGCGUGUAUUAGGUGUAUAAUACGUGUGUGUGUGUAUGUGUGUGUAUAGGGGUAGACAACUAGACAUGGCAUCUUGCGGUGCUGCCAUGCAUGCAUGGAGAUCGAUCGAGCAGUGUAUCGUACGUACUACGUGCUGAUCGAUCUCAGGUGUGCUGAUCGAUCUCAGGUGUUAAUCAGGGUGCUCGCUUCGUGUUGUGGUACAUGAGAGGAAUAAUAUACGCGCAGCUCGAUCAUGCGGUGUGCAGCUAUAUAUAGCUUUGAUCGAUGAUCCUUA